AUGUUGAAAACUCGAGACCCUCGCGCUUGGAGCACUCGAAAAAUGAGGUCGAGCGCGGACGACCUGAUGGCCCGGACUAUAAAACAACCCAUGCCUCUUCUUUUUAUCAUCCUCUCGUUAUGGACAGGAGGCGCGAUGUGCGUCGAGACAUCGACUCAUCUUCCAGUGAACCGAGGUGCUGCCAGGCAAAUGUAUGGCAGCGGAAGUUUGAGACAAACAGGAAGCGGCCCGGUACUCGAUGUCACCACGGCGAUGUCUGGACACGCUCGGGACAAAAAUACUCAGGAUACGAGGAACGAUGUGAGGCAGGAUGAGAAAUCACUGGGACAUCUCGAUCUGCCUGAACAUCCUGAAGAAUAUCCCCACGAGUCUCAUGGGGGUGGUUAUCAAACGGGGCACGACGAGAGCGGCGCUUGGAGUCGUAAUCCGGCUCAAAUACCUCGUAAUCCUUUCCACCUGACACCGGGAAUGUUCCCAAGAAUACCCGGACAACCCUCGGACUAUCAUCAGCCGAGUGACGUUCCCAGUUACAGAAAUGGCGCACCGGUAAAUGGCAUGCGUAUACCCGUUUCAAACGGCGGGAUUUAUGGACAAGGACGUACAGGUGGAAUGUCACGCGGUGUUGAUCGCGGUGGCCGGGGACGAGGUGGAGUUUACGGUGCUUCAUCUGCGGUCGGAGGAUACGAAGAUCGGGAGGUUGCCGAUCGUUCGAGGUUCAACAAUGGCCUGGAGCGUGGUCACGGUGUAGGGCCGGUCGGUGAAGCUGAUCCUGACCGAUUCGGGCCUGAUCAAAAGACACUGAUACAGGAGCUCGAGGAUGAAAGCGAUUUCACCGACUUCGUUGCACCCUGCGGAUGGAUUUGCCUCGGUGGUUAUUUCCUUUGCUCUAGUUCGUGCAUUUGUGUCAGCAUGGAACAGCGUUGCGAUGGAAAGAUGGAUUGCGAGAACAACGAGGACGAAGUGAACUGCGACGAGGUACUGGAGGAGAGAAACUCGAACGGAAAUUGUUACGGGCAAAGGAAUCGCCGCUGUCCUAUAUCCGGGCAUUGCAUAUCAGACUCGUGGAUAUGCGACGGUGACGAUGACUGUGGAGAUUAUUCGGACGAGGCGCCUUGCGGAAAUCGAUUGAAUUGCACGGAGGAGCAGUUUCAGUGUCGAAACGGUUUGUGCGUCGAGAGGGCCUGGCUCUGCGACGGAGACAACGAUUGCAUGGAUUACUCGGACGAAGAAGACUGCGCUGAAAAGAAGAAAUGCAAAGAAGAUGAAUUCACUUGUCCGGACGGAAUGUGCAUCAUGAACGAGUACAGAUGCGACGGUGAAUACGAUUGUCGUGAUGGUUCCGACGAAGCGAAAUGCGAAAUAUUCCAAGAUGUUCAUUGCGGAGAAAAUUACUUCGAGUGCGCUACACCUCGGUGCAUAAAGAUUGAGUACCGAUGCGACGGAGACGACGAUUGCGGCGAUGCAAGCGACGAGGAAAACUGCCCCAAUACCGUUGAGCCCUGCCCUGACAACAAUUUCAGAUGCGCCAAUGGGGAAUGCAUCAGUGAGAGCAAGAUGUGUGACGGGAAAUCAGACUGUCCGAACGGCGAGGACGAAAUGGCACCCUGCAAGAACCUCACUCCGAAGCCAUGUUCCCCAACCGACGAGUACCACUGUGAAUCGAGUCAUUGCGUCCCGCGUACCUGGGUCUGCGACGGUGUGAUGGAUUGUCCGAAUGGGGACGACGAGGAACUGUGCGCUUUCAGUUGCGAUGUCACGCAGUAUUUGUGCAAAGCGAUACCCUCGGUGGGAAACGACACUAUCUCCAUCGCUGGACCUUCCCAUGCCAUGACUCAUCAUUUUCAUCCUUAUUGUAUCAGCAAAAAGCACGUUUGCGACGGAUUUCCCGACUGUCCUGAAAAAGAUGAUGAAGUAGAUUGUCCGACGAAAAGAGAGUGCACGCCCACGGACCGUUGCACACAACAAUGCAUCCUGACAGCUAACAAUGAAAAAACUUGCUCCUGCGAGUUUGGUUUUGUACUCGGUCCCGAUAACGCAACCUGUCACGACGUCAAUGAGUGCGAAUUCGAAAAGGAUCCGGUUUGCAGUCAACUAUGCAACAAUACUUUGGGAUCUUUCACGUGCAGCUGUAUGCGCGGCUACGUGCUGCGACCGGAUUUCCGAACUUGUAAAGCCAUCGGUGCUAAUCUCAAACUGCUAUUCACGAAUCGCGUGGACAUCAGGAAGAUGACUCUGGGUCCACCGAAGCAAUCGAAGCACACGCCCAUACUGAAGGGUCUGCACAACGCUAUAGCUCUGGGAUAUCAUUACAAACGCGGAGUGAUUUAUUGGUCGGAUGUCUCGAUGGAUGUAAUAAGAAAAGUGUACAUAAAUGGGAGCGAUCCUGAGGAUGUAUUGCGAUGGGGUCUGGACAUGCCUGGUGGGAUCGCGAUCGAUUGGAUUCAUGAUUUGUUAUUUUGGACGGAUGCUGGAACCAGUAGAAUCGAAGUUAUAACGCUUGACACGAACAUUCGUCACGUUUUGAUAUCGAGCGAUCUUGGAAAGCCGCGGGCGAUAGCGGUGCACCCGCAUUACGGCUACGUCUUCUGGACCGACUGGGGAUCGAAUCCGAAGAUCGAACGAGCGGAUAUGGAUGGUUCGGACAGAACAGCGAUUGUGACGACUUCCAUCACUUGGCCGAAUGGUUUGACGAUCGAUUACACGACCGAUCGAAUAUUUUGGACCGAUGCGAAGCCUGCCUUCAUCGAAUCCGCCAAUCUCGAUGGCACUGGAAGAAAGAAGAUUCUUAGCAAGGGCCUUUAUCAUCCGUUCGCCAUAACCGUAUUCGAGGACCUGAUCUAUUGGACCGAUUGGCAUUUCAAAAGUGUUUCUUCGGCGAACAAGGCUAACGGACGAGGUUUCAAGACUAUUUACUCAGGUAUAGAGACGAAGCACGAUAAAGACACUUCAAUCGGGUUUCGGACGUGGAAAUCUACCGAUUCUGUCGCCAUUUCGUUUUCAGGCCUCCACUUCCCCAUAGAUCUUCACAGCUAUCAUCCUCAACGACAACCAGAUUUUCCUAAUCACUGUGGUGACAACAACGGCAAAUGUUCUCACAUGUGUCUGCCGAACAGCGCGGGAUACAGUUGCGUUUGUCCAGUGGGCCUCAAGAUCAAACGAGACGGGAAAAACUGCGCCACGACUGCGGACAAUCUUCUUAUAUUCGCGAGGAAACGUGAUCUCCGGAUGAUACCGAUCGAUCAAACGACCAGAGCCUUCGACACGGUCAUUCCAGUCGAUCACGUCGCCAGUGCAGUUGCUCUUACUUGGGACUCGAACGAGGAUACCAUUUAUUGGACCGACGUUGAAGCUAAUUCGAUCAGCCGUGCACAUCUCAAUGGAACCAAUCAGAGCCUCGUCAUUUAUCACAAUUUGGUAUCACCCGCUGGUUUGGCCAUGGACUGGAUCAGCAAAAAGUUGUAUUGGACCGACGCUGGAACUAACAGAAUCGAGUGCUCCAAUCUCGACGGCUCCAUGAGGACACUUUUGGUGUACGAGGGACUCGACAAACCGAGGGACAUCGUCGUGGAUCCAAUAUCUGCUUACAUGUAUUGGAGCGAUUGGGGCAAAACGCCGAAGAUUGAGAGAGCCUCGAUGGACGGUAGUCAACGAAGAGUGCUCAUAGGUGCGAAUUUGACGUGGCCGAAUGGGCUGGCGAUAGAUUUCGAUAAGAAGCGGUUGUACUGGGCGGACGGUGGCACGAAGAGUAUCGAGUAUUCGGAUCUCGAUGGCAAGAACCGGACAGUCUUGAUGGGAAACUUGCCGCAUCCGUUUGGCCUGGUGAUUCAUCGAAACAAGAUUUACUGGACAGAUUGGGAAACUCUGAGUAUCCACAGGGCGGAUAAGAAUACCGGUGGCAACGUGACCGUCGUGAGAUCAGGCAUAACCGGUCUCAUGGAUGUUCGAGCGUUCCAUCGAAAUCGGCGAACUUCCGAAAAUCCUUGUCAUCCGAACAACGGAAAUUGUUCUCACCUGUGUCUGGUAGCCCGGAGAACUCGUCACAUGAAAUGCGCCUGUCCGACCGGGAUCCGUUUGCAGGCUGAUGGAAAAACUUGUGCAACGAUGCCCAGCAAAUUCGUAAUUUUUGCUCACCGCAUAGACAUCAGAGUUUUGUCCCUGGACGUCGAUUAUUCGGUGGACGUAGCGGUGCCCAUUCCGUUUAUGAAGAACGCGAGCGGCGUCGACGUGGAUCUUCGGAAUGCCCAAAUUUAUUGGUCGGAUCCGGACGAAGAUGUUAUAAAAAAGACGUUUUUUAACGGCAGCGCUGUCGAGACGAUUAUCGACACGGGGAUCGACACCGUCGACAGCCUCGUGGUUGAUUCGAUAGGGAGAAAAAUUUACUGGACGGACGCGGGUCUCAAUAGCGUCGAAGUGUCCGAGCUCGACGGGCGAAAUCGGAAGGUCCUCGUUUGGUCGGGGCUCGACAGUCCUCGCGCAAUCGUCCUGCAUUAUGAGAGAGGUUUCAUCUACUGGUCGGACUGGGGUUUGAACGCUCGUAUCGAGCGUGCCAACAUGGACGGUGAAGAGAGGGAGACCAUCAUCGCCGACAAUCUCGUCUGGCCUAACGGACUGGCCAUCGAUUAUGAGGAGAAAAGGCUCUACUGGACCGAUGCGAAGAGAAAAGUCAUCGAAUCGUCGGAUCUCGAUGGUGAAAAUCGGAAAAUCGUCAUCAAGAACGCCUCGUAUCCUUACGGCCUGACUGUCAUGGGCGAAUAUAUUUAUUGGAGCGAUUGGCACUCGCAGGGGCUCGUCAGAGCUAACAAAACGUCCGGACUCGUUUUGGGUGUCGUGAGCAGCAAGCUCGACGGAGUUCUCGACGUUCGAUCGGUCAACAUCGAGAACGCGAGACUGAGCGACAACGUUUGUGGCAAAAACAAUGGCGGCUGUUCCCACCUUUGCCUGCGCAAUCCACGAGGCUUUUCCUGCGCCUGCCCCAGUGGAAUCUUACUCAACGAUGACAAGAAGACCUGCAACACGACUCCCUCCAAUUUUCUACUGUCCGCAGCGAGAAAAGGCCUCGCCAGAAUUUCCUUCGACACUCCCGAUAUGCGGGAAGUUGCUCUGCCCGUUACCGAUGUCCAUCGUGCUUUGUCCAUCGAUUUUCAUUGGUCACGAGGACAGAUUCUCUACACCGAUACCAUCAGCGCUCGGGACAAAGGAUUCAUGAUCAAGUCCGUAAACAUGCGAAAUUACAGCGACGUCAAAACGAUCAUAACCGGGUCCGAGAGCAUUUCUCCGUUCAGCGUAGCAGUCGAUUGGAUCGCCAACAAUCUUUACUGGACGGACAUGAAGCACAAAGUCGUAGCGGUUGCCAGGAUUGAUGGAACUAGUCAAAAAACGAUAGUCAGUGGUCUGGAAGACCCAAGAUCACUGGCUCUCUUCCCAAGGCAGGGCUACGUUUUCUGGACGGAAUGGGGCGAUCGCGCAAAAAUCCAGAGGUCUCUUCUCGAUGGCUCUAACCCCAAAGCCAUCGUCUCAACGGAUUUGGCUUUCCCUAAUGGCCUUUCCAUCGAUUACGCCAGCAAGAAAAUCUUCUGGGCUGAUUCCCUGAAAGACAGAAUCGAAACGUCCGACCUUCACGGACGGUACAGAGUCACUCUCGUCAGUGGCUUCAUCGACCCCUUCGGUCUCACCCAGUACGGUCAACACAUUUACUGGGCUAACUGGAAACUCGAGAUGAUACAGCGGGCGGACAAGGAAACUGGGGAAAACCGUGUUCCGAUACGCACUUCGUUGGGCUUCAUGACCGACCUCAAGAGCAUCUCGGUCGAGCGACAAACCGGCUGGACUCCUUGUGCCAUCGACAACGGGGGAUGCAGCCACCUCUGCCUUUUCGCUCGUAAGAGCUACAAGUGCGCGUGCCCCGACGUUCAGGAUCCAAAAUGCUCCACAGUUGCUAAGAAACAAGUGCCGCUCCGUAAGCCCGGAAGUGAGAACGACCCCGACGCAGAAGAGCUGGACGACGACGAGCCCAAGUACCCGGAAAUAGCGACCGGAUCGAACAACCGCGGUGGAGACGACAAAUUCAAAAAUUUCAAAUCCAAUCAGGAAAAAAAAUACAGUCUGAGGACUGUCAUAAUAACGGUGGUAGCGAUGUUGGCCUUCACUGCAGUCCUCGUCGUAAUAAUCAUCAUUCUGCUUUGCCAACGUAAAGCUCGACAGGGAAAGUACAGACAGUACGCGAGUCGACGCAACGUCAGAACGUUCUCGAAUCCAAAUUACAACGCCUCCGGAGCUGACGUCGCUCCGGGUAAUCCUCAGCAGGAGAAAAAAUCCUUCAUAUGGAAACGUCUCAAAUACGACAGUUCUCAGGAGAGAGUGUACGAGGAUAACGGGCCGACCUCGAGUCCCGAAGUCGUUUCACUGAUUCCCCCUUCGGCGACCCCUAGCAGCAGCCGAGCACCGUCGGUCACCCCGAGGGAGUCCUCGCCGUCUCUGACUCACAUAACGCAUCUCAAUGGUUAAUACGAAAACGAAAUAAAUAUAAGCGAAAGCAGCAGCAAGCACCCGAAACAACCGAAUAAAAACGAACAAAUGAAAUACUCGAUAGUGAUAUUUUGAGAACGUGGCAUCGAUGGAGCUCGAAAAAUCUUGCGUGCCAUCUUGGUCUGCGAGUCUUUCAUACCUUCAACAUCCAGAUCGAAGUAGAGCCAAAACAUGGUCUCAAAGAAACGUCAAAAUUUCAUAGAAAGGUAAACCAUAAUAAGCAUGAACAUUAAAACCCGAAAAAAAUUUGUUGAAAAUACAGAGAAGCUCAAUGGGCAUGAAGGAGAAUGGAGAAUAUACUGUAUGACGAGAAAACGGUGAAAAAAUUCUUUGUAUUCCUUGAUUCAUUCUAUAACACGUAGUGACACGGUACGCAGGCGAGCGCCUAACGCAUUUCGACCGAUAAACUUCCCGCCUAUUUUUAUAAAAAAGUAAAUAAAUUAAAAACAAACAAUUAAAAUAACAAUAUAUAUAUAUAUAUAAAUAUAUAUAAAUGCGUCUAUAUUUUUUCUAUGAGCUACACGAUAUUUUUUCUCUUUAAAUUCCAUACCUUCUCGAAGUGAUCAUUUAUUUCGUUGAAUACGGGAUCGAGUAUACGUCGCAGCGCCGGAAGCUGCCGACAUUUUGUCUUUCUUCUCAUCGCGAUUGGUUUGUUUUUAUUUUUCUUAUCGUUACUGUCCCAGCCGGUCUAGGACGACGGAACGUCUAAUUUUGGAAAAGAUUGACAAACAUUCGGAGGAACGAAAAUACAAUGACUCCGUGCUUAGCGAGGUAUUAGGAAUAAUACGAAUAAUCGCACGGGAAGGGAGAGACGGAGGGUAAAUUCGAAACGUAAAACGAAUGAACACCAAAAAAACAAAAGUAUUAGAAAACGAUAAAAGAUGUAAAGUACUUGUAAUGAAAAGUGGAGCCGAAAUCGCCGGGCCUGACUCAAAUUCACGCGGGGCUGAUUGGGAUCUCGGUUACAAUUGACUUGAUUAAUUAUAUGAAGCAAAAAAAUAAAUACGCGUUGAUAUCGCGAUAACACGAGUAGCGAUUUAUGUUUUUCUCAUUAGAGGCUCUGAAAAACGUAUCGCAGUUAUCUUCUUUUUUGAUUGGAAGCAAUGCCUGAUUUUAUAAAAUAACAGAAAACUCAUUGUUUCCUUGAUCUGAUACAUGGAAAUGCUUGCAAAGUGCUGACUCGAAUUCGACGAUUUAAAAAUAUCCCCAAUUACGACGACGUGAUAAAAACUGACUAAAAGAGAUCGCGAGAUACGCAUAACCUACAAAUUGACUGUGAGGCGCUCUGGUGGUUCGUUAAAGAAACACACUCGAUCGCUUUGCAACAUCGACGUGUGUUGCGUUUACGCUCAGAUGAAAUGAGUGUCGCGACAACCAAAAACUAAAAACAGAGAAAUCUGAAGUCCAACUGUUUUAUGAAUACAUUUCAGAUUUACGCGAUAACGUUUUCAGUAUCGCUUAUGCGAUGCCCGAUUUCAUUGUUUAUCUCCGAAUGAAAGAUUUCUUCGAUGAUCGAGUGUUCGGAAUGAGUCACGUGCAAAUAUAUGCUCGAGUGCAUUGUUUCUAGCUGCGGGAGCAUUUGCGUGGGACUUGCUCGCAUGAGGAGAAAAUUGAAUACACGAAUAUCAAGAAAAACGGAUUUUUAAUGAAAACAUAUUCGAGAGUUUGAACGAACACAAUCGAGUGAUUCUAAUUGUGGCAUCAAUCUCACGAGUAUAUAUACAAAUAUUGGAAGACAAAACGAUUAUUCCCGAGAGCUGUCCGUCCGUCCGUCCGUCGCGCCAACAAGCGGUUCCAUCGUCGGAAUUCAGUUCGGAUCACGGUUGGCCGUGCGAGCGCAUGUGUGUGUUGAAGUGUGUGGGUGAUUAAAAAAAAUUGACGAAAAUAUCGUAACAAAAAUGUCGAAGAAUCGUGCUACUUUUUUGCUGAGAAAGAUCGAAGAAAAUACGAGUGAAAAAUCAUGAAUCGAACAUUAUUUUCCUGUCGAAUGAGCGAAGAUUUUUUCUCAAGAAUCAUUUUUAUUGACAGAUCGUUCGUUGGGAAAUGAAGUUUUCAGUGAUUUUUCAUUCGCACAGCUUUCAUCCCUGUUUACUAGAACGAAAUUCAUGCUAAUUCGAACAUUCGGGCUCGUUGAAAAGUGCUAUUGAAUCUGAAUAUAUCUACGCUCGUUAAUAAAGAGCGUAAAAUCAUCUUGUUCCAUUCCAAUUCCGGAAUCAUAUAAAAUGAGAAAAUGCUCGAUAACAACGCAUUUUUGUCAAAUGCACAAUUUUUAUACACAUUCCGAUAGAAAAUUUGAAAAUCGUUGUAAAAAACAAGAGGAGCGAAGCUUGCGAAGUUCGAUGCUCAGGUGAACCGAACAAGCGAUCGCAACACUCAAAAAAACUCUGUGAAUGUUAGUAAAAGUAAAUAUUCAUCUCUAAACGAGAUGAGAUUUGUCAAGUUCGUCAGGCAAAAAAAUUUCAUUUUAAUUUUUCGAUCGUUUUAGAAGAAAAUAUAUUUUGUCAUGGCUUUUCAUUACUCUUGCAUUUUGAUUUCUCGAAUCAGUGUACACUUGAUUUUCACGCUAUCUUUCGAUUACUGGGACGCGCGGUCGUCAAUUUUUGGGCGAGGUUAGAAGUCUUUCACUCGCCACUCGCAGCAAAACCUUCCGGGAUAAAUGUCAAGUCAAUAUUUUUUUCUGUUUUCCAGUGACUUCAACAUAAGCUCGAUUCAAAUUAAAGAAAAAAAAAAUUUGAAACACCUUUUUUAUCCGAGUGCCCAAACAGCGUGUGAAACGUUUGUGUACGUAAUGUAAUGUUUAGAAGCUGCGCGAGAGAUCGUGGUUACUGUACGGAAUGGAAAAUGACAAUGAGGCUUGAAGAAAAACAUGACAACACCGCUCAAUGUUUCUAGUUUCGUUUGCCAUAACCUCCAAAAGUUUGGUAACACAAUGAUUAUCUGGCAUAAUGUAUUUUUUGUUGGUGUACAUUUGUGAUAAUGAGAACAUGCGAAAAUGUGUCCCCGCGGGCAUAAAGUUUUGUCGGAACGUCGGUCUCACAAUUUUUAUUUAAAAACGAACAUUAAAUAAAUUACUUUCUCUGUUAGUAUAAAUACUAGAUUUUCGAGAGACGAGGAUAUAAAGAUUACUGUAAUUACAGCUACGAAUCGUACGGUUAUAUCCGUUUCUCUGAAGUAACAUUAGGAACGUAUUGCAAAACAGUUACACCCAAGGUUGUCCGGUACAAGUUUUGCGACAUUCGAGUGUAAUGAAAUCGACACAAGAAACUGGCUAAUCUCACGUCGACGAGCGUACGAACCGUUUUGCGUGUAUUUCGACGAAAAUUUGUGAAAAUUUGUAUUCGAGGAAUCCGCGAGAUGGACGAUUUGAAUAAAAAAUUGUAACGGAUGAUGAAUUUCGAUGUUUGUAAAGUUCAAAAUGUAUGUGGAUUUGAUUAAAGUAUCUAUGAUCGAGAAUUAUUGCGAUUGUAAAUUUUGGCUGAGAAGAUAAAUUUUUAGCGAUCAUAUACAGCGAAAGGGCACGAUUUUAUCAAACGCAAAUAAAGAAGUUCGAUUUCGCAGACACUUUAAAUAAAUAUAUGGAAGUUUAAUCGACGUGACACGAUGAGACCGUUUUAUAUUCUGGUCGUCCGAUUUGAGCCGAUGCACUUCGUAUAUCGAUAUUAACGAACAUGGUGGUUAGAACGGCACGGAAUCCCGUCACGUGUAUAUUUUAAUACAUCUCACUACGGCGUUUGUCCCCUUACCUCCUUCCAAUCCCUCCGAACCGCAAUCCAAAUCGUGUGCACAAAUCGCACAAAUUAAGACCCAAAUGGAUGGAUUCUCAAUAUGUCUCGUAUACUUUUAUCUCGUCGUUAAGGUCAAAGAAACUACUUCGAGCAUAAGGAGAUAAAUAAAAGUCUAAAACGAAAGAAAGGAUGGAGAGAAAAAUAAAGUAGACUACGAUAUGAAUGUGUAAAUAAACGUAAAUUAUAUAUAUUCAAAAUACGGAUAAACACGAUUACUUAAUUAGCUCUAAGAACAUGAUAUUAUUGUAAUAUUUGUAUAGGAAUUUGCGAGUGAUUUUAGAAAAUUGUUUAAUAUGUAUAUUUAAACGUCACGCGACCUCCUCGUGACGUUGAAAUAAAAAUAUUCUGUAUCCUACGUGUAA